AUGGAAAAGUUUAAAGAGAUACAUACUAAUAAUUCGAAAUAUUUAGGAGAUGAUGACUAUUUUGAGUUGUUAUCGCCCAAAAAUAGACCUGACGCAAAUUACAACUCGGCUUUUUUGGAAGCAAAAAACUUAAUAUUAAAAAAAUUCCCAAGAGAAACAUAUUUUAGAGAAGAUUCAUCAUUUAUAAUUUAUUCAAAACAUCUUCAUAUAUUUACUUCUUAUUAUUUGAGUGAAGAGGGUUCACCCUUGCCCUUAAAAGUAUACUUAAAUUUUCUUGAAAGCAGUAAGGAUUAUUUAGAUUAUAUGAAAAAACUAAGGGCUAAUACUUUCCAUCUAACCAUAUUUAAACUAGAUCGAUUAAAUGGUUUCUGUAAUGAUAUAGUUAGCGAUUACAUAGAUAAUGUUGUAAACAUAAAAGAAAUUGAGUAUGAAAACAAAUAUCUAUAUUCCGAACCAAAAGAUUUUCAGAAAAUUGAAAACAAGUAUCAAGAAGUUAAUAAUGGAAAAAGACUAAAUACCGAGAAAUUAGAAGACUCAGAAAAGAUCGAUUUUAGUAAAAACAAAGAAGUGUUCGAAGAAUUUCUUAUAAAAGUAUGUGAUGAUUAUGAGGUUAAAGAAUUAAAAAAACACUUAGAUGUAAUAAUAAAGGAUUUUGGAAAAAUAAGGAAUGAUUUUAAAGGUCAACCUAACACCUUUCUUUAG